GGCGUCCCAUAUCAGCCGGUCUCCUGUCAGAAAGUUUGUCCCGCGCCGCGGCUUUUCUUCCAGCGGGGCCGCUGAUGAACAGCCGCGGUCAGCCGUGAUACCGCGCACAGGCACCCGCUGUGAGCGAAAGAGGGGGAGGAGGUGAAAGUUCACCAUGGCUUGACCGUAUCGGAUGACAAUGUGGAAAAGUUUGGCUGCCUCCUCAGAUUAAAUUUCUCAAACUCGGAGAAUGACAAGCGCACGGAAAAACAAUGAAGUAGACGGAGAAAACGAAGCGCUGUCUUUCGAUUAUUACGACGACGAUGACGACUUCGAUGCGUUCACUGACGGGGACGGAGACUGCAGCUGCGAUGGAGGAGUGCUGGGCUUCAGUGACCCGUUCAGCAGUGAGGUGAAACCGCGGAUCCUGCUCAUGGGCCUGAGGCGCAGCGGCAAAUCUUCCAUUCAGAAAGUCGUUUUCCACAAGAUGUCACCCAAUGAGACUCUGUUUCUGGAGAGCACCAAUAAGAUUUGCAGAGAGGACGUUUCAAACAGUUCCUUUGUCAGCUUCCAGAUCUGGGACUUUCCUGGUCAGAUUGAUUUCUUCGACCCCACAUUCGACUACGAAAUGAUAUUCCGUGGCACAGGGGCUCUCAUCUUUGUCAUAGACUCUCAGGAUGAUUAUGUGGAGGCGUUGAGUAGGCUUCACCUUACAGUGACCAGGGCCUACAAGGUCAAUCCGGACAUCAACUUUGAGGUGUUCAUUCACAAGGUGGAUGGCCUGUCAGAUGACCACAAGAUUGAGAAGCAGAGGGACAUUCACAAAAGAGCCAAUGAUGAUCUAGCCGAUGCUGGUUUAGAAAGAAUACACUUGAGCUUCUACUUGACGAGCAUCUAUGAUCAUUCAAUCUUUGAGGCCUUCAGUAAAGUUGUGCAGAAGCUCAUCCCUCAACUUCCCACCCUUGAGAAUCUGCUCAACAUUUUCAUAUCUAACUCAGGGAUUGAAAAGGCUUUUCUCUUUGAUGUGGUCAGUAAGAUUUACAUAGCCACUGACAGCAGCCCAGUGGACAUGCAGACCUAUGAGUUGUGCUGCGAUAUGAUCGACGUGGUUAUCGACAUCUCGUGCAUCUAUGGGUUGUCUGGAGAUGAAGGAGGAACCCCAUAUGAUAAAGAAUCAAUGGCCAUAAUCCACUUAAACAACACAACGGUCAUGUACCUAAAAGAGGUCACGAAAUUUCUUGCCCUAGUGUGUUUCCUAAGGGAAGAGAGUUUUGAGAAAAAAGGACUUAUCGACUACAAUUUUCACUGUUUCAAGAAAGCCAUAGAGGAGGUGUUUGAUGUGCGAUUGAAAGUGCAGAGGAGCCGGAAGCUUCUGAGCCAGAGGAGGUGGAGCAGGCAGACUGUGCCAAACGGGACUCAGGUGCUUCCCCAUUGAAGAGCAUUGAACACAAUCCAGCCUGAGAUUCCAGAGGCGAAGAUUCAGUCAGACUUUGCUCGUCUUCAUCAGCAUCGUUUACUGCUCUUCGGCAAUCCAGAAUGACUAUACAGACUGCGUUAUGCGUUAAAAAUCUUCUGCUGCUUACUUACAGUAGCUGUUUAUAUUUUAGCUGUUUUGCGAAAUACUUUUUUUUUAUUUCUGAUAUUUUUUACUAAAAAUUAUUUAAUUAGUUGUGAUAUCGUUUCCCACAAAAGAUGCAUUUACAGUAGGGCACAAUUACUCAUUGUAUACGUUGCAAAAUAAGUCCAUUUAUUUAUUCUCUUAAACAAAAAAAAAAAGUUUAGUUUUUUUAUUUUUUAAAAUUAAAAAUGUAUUUCUUUUCUUUUUUUAUUAUUAUUAUUGAUGGCUCUUCAGUUUGACAUUUUUUUCAGCAACUUUACAGUAUUAGGGCAAUAUAUUGCUCUUCUGCAAACCAAAAUGACUUAAAAAAGCAUUGCUUCUCUGUUACUAUUGGAAAAUAUUAUUUAACUAGCUUAUAUAUAUAUAUAUAUAAUGAAAAGAUAAUAGAAAAUAAUAAUAUAUAUCUUAUCUUAUAUAAUAUACAGUGCUCAGCAUAUAUAAGUACACCCCUCACAGAUCUAUCUAAGCUCUACAAUAUUAUAUUUGUGUAUAUACAUUAGAUUAGUCAGUACUGAAGCCAAAUCUGGAGCUAAUCUAACAUAACCUAUGAUAACGGUCUAAAAACUAGUACACCCAAAUUUAUAUGCUUGAAAAAAUAUUAGAUACAAAUUUUAAAUAGAGAAAAAAUCGAGAGAAGCAAAAAACUGAAAAAUUUAGUUGACAUUUUGUAGGUUGUAAUUUUAUUUUGCAAUUUUUUGCUUGAAUUUAAUUGUAUUAUCUUUCAAUUUUUUUUUUUUUUUGGUGACUAAAAUAUAAUUUUAAUAAAUAUAUCUGUUUAUUAAUUCUGUUUUGUUCAGAUGCACCAAUAUAUAUUACCCAUAUUCACUAAGAAAUGGAUAAAAAUAUUCAUUUUCAAAAUAGGGUGUACGCAAUUAUGCUGAGCACUGUAUGUCUUACUAGCUGGCUAUAUCUAGCAAGCUAGCUAUUUUAGUCAGUUUAAUUACAAAAAAUGUUUAAAUUUUAACAAUCACAAUUUUUGAUGUAAAGCCUUUUUCCAAGUCACAUUUUACCAAUGCAGGGCACAAAACCUAAAUUAACUUUUAUAUUGAUUAUAAAACAAGUUCUGUAU